AUCAUCCUGAUCAUAGCCCACCCCGACGACGAGGCCAUGUUCUUCUACCCCACGAUAUCGCGCGCGAAACGACUGCACAUCAUCUGCCUUUCCAAUGGCGGCUACGACGGCCUCGGCGAACAGCGCGAAAAAGAGCUGCAGCGCGCGGCGCGUCGCUUGGGCGCCUCAGCGACGUGCGUCAACAACGCGGCGCUCCAAGACGGGCCGCACGCCUGGGAUCCAAGCGUCGUGGCGGCGAACGUGGGGCCGUGGCUGCACGCCGGCGCGGUCGUCGUGACGUUCGAUCGCUACGGCGCGUCCGGCCACGCGAACCACGUGGCAGUCUACCACGGCGCGGCCCCGGCGUCCUUCGCGCGGCGCGGCGACGGCGUGACGCGCGACGCACGCAGGCGUCCGGCGGCUCGCCCAGACGAGACGAGACUGCCGGUUCUACGCGCUCGAGACGGCGCCUCAUUAUAGACGGUACAUCGGCGCGUUUGAUGUACUAUGCGCCGCCGUGCGCGCGCGGUUUGAUCCGCGCCCGUGCCUUGUUCAGUGUCCUUGAAGCUCCGCGUCGAUGGCGUGCUCUGUGUGUGUUUUUCCGCCUCCGCCUCCACGCCAUCGACGCGGCCGCUCUGUGCGUUUGUCUCUCGACGCCAUCGACGCGAUGCGGGGUGCCGAGAGAGUACGUGAUACCGUUGCGGCGGGAAAGACACGCUACGCAUAUAGGUCCGUGCUCGUCGCGAGCCUCGACGUGCGCGGCUGCUACGCGGCGCUCGCGGCGCACGCGUCGCAGCUGGUCUGGUUCCGGCGGCUCUUCGUCGUCUUCUCCGCGUACACGUACGCGAACCGGCUCGUCGUGAUCGAUUAG